AUGGGCAAAUUAAGUCAGGUAACAUUAAAGUGUAAGAGUUGUUGUUACACUUUGUGGGAGAGUGAAAAUAAAGGCUUGUCACGUGAAUUUUUCUUAAAAUUUGCCCGUACCGGGGCCCCUCCUCAAGACUCAGAUUUUGGAGGUUACAAUAAGAAGCCUGGGAUCGGCACGGCCCUCUACAAAUAUUACGAAGAUCUUGAGGUACUACUGGAAGAAAUACCAUAUGCAUAUUUCUGUGGCUUAAUAGAUAGUUUGGGGAAAUAUUUUGUUAACGAUUUCUCGGCAUCUUCUUUCAUUAAAAGAGAUUAUCCCAAAUACAUGCACAGUAUUUGCAUGAAAAUACUUCAGUAUUGUGCAGGGGCAUCAUGGGCCCCAUCACUCUAUAUAAGUCAGCCUAAAUUAGAUUUUUAUGAACUCGUCCCUGAUAUUCCUAAAAUAGACAUAUCUAGUGAGAAUAUUAUUUUGACAGUGUACGAUCCAGAUGUCAUUCAAGAUUGCACAGAAUCUUAUGGAGCUAGGAAAUAUAGUUUAAAUUUGGAAGAACUGACAUAUUACACCGCCCAAACUUUUGACGAGAAGCUAAGAUACUUUUUGGACACCUAG